AUGCAAGACCCGAGAUCUUCGUCGCCACUCUCCUCGUCCCUGGCAACCGAUCGCCUCACGGUGGUGAUUGUCUGCUCCAUCCUCUUCGCAUUCAUGCUGCUGUCGCUGCUCAUCUUCUUCUACGCGUGCAAGUGCGUCGAGGCUCGCAACAGGCGUCACAGGCAGGUACAGGAGGAGGGACAGGGGCUCGUUGGUGCUGGUGCUGGUGGCUUCCAGUCCAGGCUGGGACUCUCCAAGGAUCUAGUGAAGCGGCUGCCGGUGGUGAGCUACGAGCAGCUGGUGAAGAUCAAGAGCGGCGAAGAGAAUGUCGAGUGCUGCGCCGUGUGCUUGAUCGAGUUUGGGAAGGGAGACUCGGAGAUUCGGCACCUCCCGCGCUGCGGCCACUGCUUCCACACUGACUGCAUCGACAUGUGGUUCUUCUCGCACAGCUCCUGCCCGAUUUGCCGCGACAGUUUGCAAAAGGAACCGCUGCUCGAGGAGCCCAAGGAAAGAACACUCGGGAAUGUGUCUAUAUCAAACUUUGGACGUCGUUGA